AUCUUAUCUUUUAAAAUGUACUUCCAAUUGGCUCCUGUACUUCAGAAGACUUGCUUCAGGCCGUUGUAGAGCUUUAGAUAUUUACUCAUUUCUAAACAGGGAUUUUUGCUCUGUCUUCUUCGUUAUUCCCAUUGAAGUUUGAGAGAUUGUUCAUAAUAAAAAGAUUUGGCAGCUUCAUGAUUCACUAGGCUGGGUAUCCAGCCAAGAUAUAAUGAUGGCUCAUCAAGAGCUGUCAGUUUAUAUUGCAUGUACUGUGGAUUUCAGGUGAUGGAAGACAGUCUGAAGACCACAGAGCCUUAAAAUACUAAGAUUCGGAGAACUGUUCCUUGAAGAUACUGUGACAAUAAAACAGCAAAAUUGUGAGCACCCCAUAAACUUGGAGGUGUCUGACUCAAUAAAAACUUCCAGAUUGGACCAGCACUCAAGAAAGGACCAACCUGGAAGCUCAACAUAGAUAUCAGGCUCUUCACUCAGAGCUGCCUUAUGAUCUUUUCAGGGGAUGUGAAAUUUCCCUAUUUCUACCCCUUAUUAUUCAGGGCUUGUCAAGCCAGAGUUCUGCAGCUGCUGUGCAGAAAGGCAUGAUGAAAGGAUGCUGAAGCCAGCUGAAAUGCCAAGGGAAGACCAUUUUCAUGCACCAGGUUUAUGAUGGAACUCACAUCUUUGCCUAAAUUCCUGUGGACAAAUGACAAUAAACUUCUGCAUCACCAUUUUCCGGACAUACUGGCUACUGUUCACACCACACAAGACAUUCCUGAAGAAGCUGUUUUUGGACCAUGUAUGCUCCAGAACACCCUAGUGGACACCGUAGCUUUUAUUGCCCUCAAGUGUUCUGAUAGACGGAACAUCCAUUACGUAUUCAAGGUAGAUGUUACGUCUGUGCACAGUCCUACAGGGCUGCCUUGGAUGAGACUUGUACAAGCAGCUGCCAAUAGCAAGGAGCAAAACUUGGAAGCUUACUUAGAAAACAGUCAGUUAUAUUAUCGCUCUACCAGGAAAAUCAACAAAAAUGAGGAGCUGCUUGUCUGGUAUGAUGAGGAGCUUUCCAGCCUCUUGGGUUUCAAUGAGAUAAAAGCUCAAAGUCCCCCAAAUGAGCUGAGAUGCCAAGAAUGCAACCGAGUCUUUAAAUGUGAGCAUUCGUAUCUCUCCCACAUCCGCUUCCUAUGUGUCCCAGAGAAGAGCGCUCUGCUAUGGAGAAACUUCCAGGAUGGCAAGACUGAAAAAGCCAACUUAGUGGACCAGACCACAAAUUUCCACAGCCUGGCAAGGGAUCUCGAGGUCAAAAUGACAGCUUGUAAAGAUGAUGCCAAUGGUCUCACAGGAGAAAAGAGAGCAAAAUUAGAAGAGGCUGAGAACAACAGGAGCAGGAAAACAGUGUUGUUGGAGAAAACAAAUAACCUGAGUGAGGGACAUAACUGUGGGGGCAAGGAAGAGGUUGGGGGAGAGCAUGCACUGGCAGGUUCUUUCUGGAAGUCUAGUUCAGGGAGGCAAACAGCUAGGAAGGAUGCUUUUGAGCAGAAGCAGAGUGCUUUCACUGAGGUCAGGAGGGUGAAAGAGAAGAUGAGGAAUGAGAGACCCAAGGAAUCAGAAGAGGAGGAUGACACGGUCCCAGCUGGUAAGGAACAGGUAUCAAAGGAAGUGUUGCUGAACUCCUCUGGCAGUGCAUUCUCCUUUGUGUGGCCCACCAGAGCCAGAGGAGAACAGAAGAGUGCUUUCAGCAAGCCCAGUAAAUGCCUACCAGAAAGAGCUGCAAUAAAUUCUUCUCAUCCUAUGAGUGAAUCACCAAAGAGCCUGGGGGAGCUGUCUGGCUUCAUUGCCACCACAGACAUCAUGUGCUGCAGCACCCUUCUCAAUUCCAAGUUCUUUGUCAGUGAUUUGUGUAAUGCUCAGAUGCUGCAGACUAGCAUCACUCAGAGCAAUGUUUUCCCAUAUACCUCAGAACUGUGGCCCAAACAAGCAGGAGGACAGUUACAAAACACAAGCACCUCCUCCUCCUCCUCCUCCUUGACUCUUCUUCCUCCUACCUUCACGUCAUUUGGAGUGGCUGCCCAGAACUGGUGUGCCAAAUGCAACUUGUCCUUUCGCAUGACAUCUGAUUUAGUCUUCCACAUGCGGUCACAUCACAAAAAAGAAUACUCUUCAACUGAAUCCCAGAGCAAGAGGAGACGAGAGGAGAAGCUAACAUGUCCAAUUUGUCACGAGUACUUCCGAGAACGCCAUCAUUUAUCCCGGCACAUGACCUCUCACAAUUAGAGCUGUACAGACAGAUCUCACCAAGGGACUGGGCAGGUUGGGUAAAGAAGGGAAACAUUAUUCAAUUGUAUCAAUUUCUUUUUGCAGUUACAUUAAUUUCUUACAGAAGAUCACUUUACAGUAAUCUUUGCAAAAAAAUAUGAAAUGUUUACAAAAGUCUGAGUGGGUUGUAACAUCUGAAAACUCAGCCUAGCCCUUGUCAAUCUAUUUUUGAGGAAAUAAAGUAGUGAAAUGAAUGCACAUGCAGUAUUAAUUUGCAAAGAGUUGGGAACAAAGGUAUCAUUUUGCAGAUAGUUUGCUUUGCUUGUAUCUGAUUUGCUGGUGCAGUACAAUGUAAAUACAGAAGUAACACACUCUACUGAAUGUGGAAUCUUUAAACACUAAAAAAAAAAAAGUGUUUAUAUGCUUAAAGAAAAUAAGUUACUUUUCCUAGCAGCUUUGGUGGACUCCCUCCUUUGUGCUAGCUGAAUUUGCACUGUUAUCAGAUUCAUCUCACUGUCUCCUUGGCUUUGGAAGGGACUACUUAAAAUUAAGACUCUACCUGAAAAUAGUGGUUGUCAAAAAGUGACCAAUACACAGCCAAAGAGGAUGUGAGUUGUAAAUCAGUACAUCUGAGCUCAGUUCUAUGCUCUGCCGCUUUUGAAAUAUCUUACACAAAACCAAAUCAAGAUGGAUCUGCAUCAAAAUAUGACCUGUUGUCAACACGAUCAUGUAGACAGGGAGCACAAAUUCUUCCCUGAGGUGUGCUUGCAAAAUCUGUGUGACUUUGGUAGGCAUAUAGAUUGGAUAGCGGCAGAGUUUGGCCUGUGGUUUUCAGUUUUUGGAUAUACUAAAGAAAGUAGCUGGGAAUUCUGAGUUACUGCUAUCUACUGAUAGACAGUAGAUUGUUGUUACUGCAGCUCAUCUAAUUAGCCUUUCAUUACUUUCUAAAUCCACUUAGGGACUUGCUCUUGAUAGCUUAUGACAACAUGUUAUUCAAGUGAGCAUAAAUGUCUCUCUUGAAUGGGAUUGUUUAAGGCUGUGUCCUGUUUUUGUGGCCUGUCUCUGAGCCUCAUCUGCAGUUAUUCCCUUUCAGAUAGAGAAUUGUUAAAAACCGCUUAUUUCCCAGAUAAGAGUACCCCUGAGAUUUGUAUAGGACAUUGCAAUAUUCUCAUUAUUAUUUAACUUCAUGCUGAUGAUACAGUCCAGCCUUUGCAGCACACUGGACAGAAGUUUUUGAGGUCCCAUCAUCGCUUAUGUUGAUAAUACAAGUAUCAGACUUCCAAGGGACAAGAGACAGCCCUAGAGUCUUAGACUGUCAACUGGGAUCAACAUAUUACCCUCAUUGUCAUCUCGUGGGAGAUUUCUCUAAGUCAGAGACCAUAUUCUUACCAGUAUAGUGCUGUUUAUUAUUAAUACAUGGCUGUUUCCAGUUAGCAUAAACAUUUGACUUAUUGUAGGCCAGCCACUGGCUGUGCACUCCAGCUUUAUUUUCCCAACAUAAAGUGAUUAAACCUUUACAUUAUGCCUUUGAGUUUAGAGGACAUAAAUUGAGACUGGAGGUCUGGUUGGACUGUAACACAGCCUUCCCAGGUCAGUGGUGGAACGUCUUUCAUUGGAGUCAUUAAAAACCAAAGUGAACAAAAGCUUUGAAACACGCAGCACAGGGAACAACCUUGCAUUGAGUAGGGGAUGAUGUGGUUUCCUCCUAAUCUUUCCAUCUCUAUUUUGUGUCCAAUAACAUUUACUGUGUAAGGAAUAUAUUUAUGGCAAGGUUUUACGGGCCAAAUUUCACUCCAUCUGGUUUUAUCUGGGUGCCAGCCAGUUUACUGUGAAGUCAGUGUCCAUAAAGUGUAAUAAAGGACUCCAUGGUGUAACUGCAUUCAUAUGUGGUUAGGGUUAUAGUUCCCAUUAGUAGUUUAGGCCAGAUUGUGAUCUCACUUAUUCCAGUGCAAAUCCAGAAUAAUUCCAUGUUGCUACUCCUGAUUUACAUCAAUAAUAUUCAGAUCAGUCUGGCCCUGUAUGAAUAAGACUAAAGAUAUUUUUUUCAUACCAUUACUGCCAAAUAUUCUCCUCUGUGCUUUCUAUAAGAUGCUGUUUUCUUAACAGUUGUAUGUUAGAAACUUGGCUUCAGAUUUCUUCUGGAAACAGACAGGCGCAGCUAUGUAAUGCUUCCCUGUAUUAAGUUGGUGCAUUGCUUCAACACUGUCUACUCCAAGGGCCUGUUUUUCCAGUGUGCUACACUUGGUUAUCAUGUAGGUCAGAAUGAAGCAGUAUCUAACUGGCUACAUGGUUUCACUGAUUUUGUGUUGGUGUAAGUGAUACUGAGAAAGUGCGGAAAACCAGCCACUGACAAAAAGCUGCUAAAUCUCCAGAAUUCUUCCAAUGGUGUGUUAGAUCUACAUCUUCAGAGCUCUCAUUCAUAAUUAAACUUCAUUCUAAGGGCUUAAGUAAGCAGCAAAACUAUGGGGAGAGAUAGCUUUCCUUUAUAUCAUGAAGUUGUUUUCUAUGGUGAAAGAAAAAAACAACAAUAACAACAACAACAACAACAAAAAACAAACUCACAAAAAAAGACCUCUAAUCCAGUUUCUUUGUGGGCAUAUCUCAGCCACAUCAACUUAGAUACUGUGAUGACAAACCCUGUAUAAAUGCCUUCUGUGCAUAGAAAGGCGAGAGAACCAGUUAUGAAGAGUGUCAGAGCUGAUUUAAAAUACAAAAAUGAAGAGAAGAGGUUUUUAACCAGCUUUCCCUCUGACAUUGUCCUUAUCUCCUCCAGUUGCAGGAGCAGCAUGGAUUAUGCUAGCAUGUAAAGACUGGGGGGUUUCCUCUUGCAAAACAGAAAUCCCACUACAGGGAAGUGUGUGCUAUACUGUCCUUAGCCCUCUUCAAAUGGCCAAUGGCACAAAGAUUGAGUGAACAAGUUGCUUUUCACACUGACAACUACAGUGUUUUGUGAACUAAGACCUGUUUACACGCACUACUGUCCAGUAUCACAUUCUGUUGCCACCUACACCUGUGCUGACAUCAGAGCAAAAUAGUAUCGGUGCCAACAGAAUCAGACCUUGAUUCCCUGUGUGUGAAAUAAGCUUUUGUGCAAAGCCCCUCAUGCAGUCGGGGGGAAUGUCUUUUAUGUGUCUCAUGUUUAACUGAGUGUCUCAUCUAAGUUGGGUUACAUAAACCCUUGGACUUAGCCAAAAUUUCGGGAGAUUUUAUUUCCUUAUAUGAAAAUAUUCAUAUUAAAGCUGAGUGAACCAAGGUAGCACAGGCUAAAGGAAGCCCAACGAGACAAAGAAAAACAAACUUCCUGUAACUGAGUCAUUCUGGAAGCUUUUUUUCCUUAUGUCUGGAAGUCUGAACAUUUAAAUUGGUGUGCAUGAAAGGAAAUCCUGCUGGAAGAAAGGCACUCCACUAGGUGUUCUUGAAGAAAUGAAGGGACUUAAGGAAUUCAUGAAGGACUGCAUCCAGUCUCAGCGCAAUACUGUGGUUUUACAGCAGGGAUCUGUGUCGUUUUUAUGACUAGAUAUACCUGGAGGAAAAAAAAAUGAAGAUAUGUUUCUCUAUCAAAACCACACUCAGAUUUUUGAAGAGUAUGCAUGUGCUUGUUUUUAGGAGUAAAUUUUCACUAAUUCCUUAGAUACAGUCUGUGGGCUCCCUACAGACCACAGUUUGAAAAUCACUGGACUAGGGCAGUUUUCGUGGUGUGAUCAGGAAAGACUGCAUUAGAAGCACUCUCCAGAGAGCAAGAAUGCACCAUUCUGUAGGAAAAAAAAAA